AUGUAUGGCAAGUGCUUCCGCGCCAGAGAUGGCAGCCAUCUCUGUGGCUGCCAGAGGUUCAAACCUUCUAAGGAGGACGCAGAAACCUGCAGGGUUUGCGACCAUGAUGACGGAUGGCACGAGGGGCCAAAUGCAGGGGCAGAUGCCAAGCAGCAGUAUGAGCUGCAGGCUGGUCUUGGUCGCACGCCAGAGAUGGCUGUUGGGACCCUGGUGGGGACGGCUGUGGCUGGCGCAGUGGACAUGACGAUUUUACCUACGCCCUCGCUGGAAAGAAGGUUUUCUUAUGACAUUGAAGAGGCAGCUGCUGGUUUGUCAGACGCUGGAGCUAGCGCCGCUGGUUGCACCACAGAGCAGCUGGACUCUGGUCAGCUUCCAGAAAACUUUGAACCACUGCCAUCCACUCAGGGCUUGCCAGGAGAAGUUGGCGAGUUUCAGGAAAGGGAGCACCUGCUGCCAAGGAGGGAAGUGGAAGCGGGGAACAAAGAAGCAGAGCUGAGAGAAAACGUGAAACGUU